AUGCCGGUUCGACGGGGACACGUGGCGCCGCAAAAUACUUUCCUUGAUACCAUCAUCAGGAAAUUCGACAGUCAAAGUCGGAAGUUUAUCAUAGCUAAUGCACGCGUGGAGAACUGUGCCAUCAUCUUCUGUAAUGAUGGCUUUUGUCACAUGUGUGGCUACACGAGGGCCGAGAUCAUGCAGAAGCCCUGCACCUGUAACUUCCUGUAUGGGCCACACACUAAGAGACUGGCCAUUGCCCAGAUGGCCCAGGCCCUGCUGGGGUCAGAGGAGAGGAAAGUGGAGAUCGCCCUCUACAGAAAGGAUGGUUCGUGUUUCCUGUGUCAGGUGGACGUGGUUCCAGUGAAAAAUGAGGAUGGCGUGGUGAUCAUGUUCAUCCUUAACUUCGAGGUCAUGUCCGACGACAAACUGUGCAACGCCCACCAGGAGCACAAUCACAAACUGCCUCUCCACUGGCUCUCCUCAUCUCGGGCACGUGGAAUCCGUCUGCGCCUCCCCCUCCUGCGUUCCCUCAGUAACAGUAAGGCGUCUCUGCAGGAGGACCCAGAGGUCGGCCACUCCACCAUCACCCACGGUACCGCCUGUUCCCGCGGUGACAGCCACGAGUCGCUGGCCUUGGGCGAGCUCCUCCCCCUGCCCGAGCAGGACCAAUCAGCCAGCCCCUCGCUGUGGCCGGAGGAUCAGCGUAACCUCCUAGGCAGCGACCCCACACCCCCCCCUGUAGCACCUCCUCACCCCUCUACAUUGCCCCUGUGUCAGUCGUCUCCUCACCCCCAAAGGCUUAACCUGGACGCCUCCGUGUCCAACUGCAGCCUGACGCACAGCCGCUCACGAGAGAGUUUCCACAGCAUGCGACGCGCCUCCUCUGUCGAUGACAUCGAGGCCAUGAGGCCCGACUGGGACCGCAAGUACCGAACGCGGCCCGCAAGCAGCAGCACAGGUGCUGUGAACAACAAAUCCAACAUUUUAAACUCUACCUCAGACUCGGAUCUCAUGCGUUAUCGCACCAUCAGCAAAAUCCCUCAGAUCACGCUCAACUUUGUGGACUUUAAACCCGACCCGCUGAUUGCCCUCCCCGCGGGGGAAAUGGACAUCAUUGCCCCCUGCAAGCUUAUCGACCGCACUCACAAUGUCACCGAGAAGGUCACGCAGGUGCUGUCACUAGGUGCCGACGUCCUUCCUGAGUACAAGCUCCAGGCCCCGCGGAUCCAUAAGUGGACGGUUCUCCACUAUAGCCCCUUUAAGGCAGUGUGGGACUGGCUCAUUUUACUACUCGUCAUCUACACAGCCAUCCUCACGCCCUACUCGGCCGCGUUCCUGCUCAACGACCAGGAGGACGUGGCCAUCCAGUCAUGCGUUUACACCUGCAGCCCGCUCAAUGUGGUCGACCUCAUCGUCGACAUCAUGUUCAUCAUCGACAUCCUCAUCAACUUCCGCACUACCUACGUCAACGCCAACGACGAGGUGGUGAGUCACCCCCUGCGUAUCGCUGUGCAUUACUUCAAGGGCUGGUUCCUCAUCGACAUGGUAGCCGCCAUCCCCUUUGACCUGCUCAUAUACCGCAACGGGGAGGAGACAACCACUCUGAUUGGUCUGCUCAAGACGGCGCGUCUUCUCCGAUUGGUGCGAGUUGCUCGCAAGCUGGACCGUUACUCGGAGUACGGCGCCGCUGUGCUCUUCCUCCUCAUGUGCACCUUCGCUCUCAUCGCCCAUUGGCUGGCUUGCAUCUGGUACGCCAUCGGCAACGUGGAGCGAAACGGUUCCAUUGGCUGGCUGCACUCACUGGCCGACCAGCUGGGCAAGAGUUACAACCAGAGUAACCCCGGCUCUGGCCCCUCCAUCAAAGACAAGUACGUGACGGCGCUCUACUUUACCUUCAGCAGCCUGACCAGUGUGGGCUUUGGCAACGUCUCCCCCAACACCAACUCAGAGAAGAUCUUCUCCAUCUGCGUCAUGCUCAUCGGAUCUCUAAUGUACGCCAGUAUCUUUGGGAACGUGUCCGCCAUCAUCCAGCGGCUGUAUUCAGGGACGGCUCGCUAUCACACGCAGAUGCUACGGGUACGAGAGUUUAUUCGCUUUCACCAGAUCCCCAACCCGCUGCGCCAAAGACUGGAGGAGUACUUCCAACACGCCUGGUCCUACACUAAUGGCAUCGACAUGAAUGCUGUGCUAAAAGGUUUUCCGGAGUGUCUACAGGCAGAUAUCUGUUUGCAUCUGAACCGCACUCUGCUCCAGAACUGCAAGGCUUUCAAAGGAUCGACCAAGGGAUGCCUCAGAGCUCUGGCCAUGAAGUUCAAGACCACCCACGCCCCACCAGGCGACACACUGGUGCAUGCGGGCGACGUGCUCACCGCGCUCUACUUCAUAUCCCGCGGAUCCAUCGAGAUCCUGCGCGGAGACGUGGUGGUGGCUAUUCUAGGAAAGAAUGACAUAUUUGGGGAGCCCAUCAAUCUGUACGCUCGGCCUGGAAAGUCCAAUGCAGACGUGAGGGCUCUUACCUACUGUGACCUGCACAAGAUCCUCAGGGAGGAUGUGCUAGAAGUUUUGGACAUGUAUCCGGAGUUCUCCGAUCACUUUUGGAGCAAUCUGGAGAUCACGUUCAACCUGAGAGAUACUAAUAUGAUACCUGGGUCUCCAAGCAGUGACGAUUCUGACUGUACGGGCUUUAACCGGCUACGGAGACGUAAGCUGUCCUUCCGACGGCGGACAGAAAAAGAUGAUGCUGAUGCUGGGGAAAUCAAAAAGAAUUCGAAGUCGUCUCGGCGAAACAGGAAACAGGCUUCCAGUACUCAGAAUGAGGGGCUGAAACCAGAGUGGGAGGGGCCACAAAGUUCUAUCUCCUCCCACUCCAGUGGUGAUGAGGGGGAGGAGCCUGUCCAGACAUGCCCUGGACCGCCCUUAGAGUUAACAGAGCUGUCACAGGCUCAGGGUGCCUCUGUUAACUUCAACGACACCCCAGAGGGGGAGGUGGAUCCCAAAUCAGGAAACACCUGCAAUGCUUUGUCAGGGGCAUUUUCCGGUGUGUCAAAUAUCUUCAGCUUUUGGGGUGAAAGUCGAGGGAGGCAGUACCAGGAGCUGCCCAGGUCCAACCUGCCUUCCCCUCCACCUCUCAACACGCCCAUGAACAGCAUCAGCCGUCAGCAGCGCAGCCAGGUGGAGAACAGACUGGACCUGCUGCAGAAACAGCUCAACAGGCUGGAGACUCGUAUGUCUACAGACAUUGGGGCGAUCAUGCAGUUGCUGCAGAGGCAGAUGGCUCUGGUCCCUCCGGCCUACAGCACCGUGUCCUCCCCACCUCAGGCCUCCCCUUACCCUGCGCCCUCAGAGAAACUUAUCCAGCCUGUCACCCCACUGGAGUCAGAGACACUCACUUCCCUCUCACAGAUACUGGACCCGCAGGACUUUGAGGAGUUCCCUGCCAAGUCUUGUGAGUCUCUCCACAGUACAGGGGAUUUCCAGCCCUUAGAGACUCCCUUGCUGUGCCCGGAGGAAUUACCCCUCCAGGGACUUUCAAGUCUGGCCCCACAGGUGGAACUGGGACCCCGCGUUGCUCCCUUAGACCCUGAGGCCCAGCGUCGACUCUCCCUGCAGGAACCACUGGCCAACCUGGACUCACGGACACCACAAAGACACAGCUCUGACCCGGGUAGCUAG